UUCACCAUUGCCCCUUGUGCUGGAACUUUAAAACUCAAAUCUAAACCCCUAAACAUUACACUACAAUCCAGAGAGAUGUGUGUUGGGCUUGUCACGCUUUCCUGGAUUGUUGGCAUCUUCCAUGCUCUGAGUCAGUUAGCAUUUACUGUGAAUCUGCCCUUCUGUGGACCCAAGGAAGUGGACAGCUUCUUCUGUGACCUCCCCUUGGUGAUCAAACUCACCUGUGUAGACACAUACCUCCUGGGAGUGUUCAUGAUCUCAACCAGUGGCAUGAUUGCCCUGGUGUGUUUCAUCCUCUUGGGGAUUUCCUACAUGAUUUUCCUGGUCACUGUUCGGCAACUUUCCUCUGGUGGGUCCUCCAAAGUGCUCUCCACUUGCAGUGUCCACUUCACCAUUGUGCCUCUUUUUUUUGGCCCGUGCAUUUUCAUCUAUGUAUGGCCUUUCACAACCUUCCCAAUAGACAAAGUGCUCUCAGUAUUUUAUACCAUUUUCACCCUCUUGAAUCCAGCGAUCUAUACCCUUAGAAAUAAAGAUGUCAGGGAUUCCAUGAGAAAACUUAGCAGCCGCAUCUUUAAGUCUAGGAAGACUGAUCAUUCCCCUUGA